GGUAUAAUUGGAAAAAUGUGGAAAAGGCCAUUGGAUUUUAAACCAAAUGGGACUUUUUCAAUAAGCUCAAAAAGAAGGUAGCUUAUGGUUGCCAAACAUGAGCUUUCUGCCAAAAAACGGAAGAUCAUAUCAUCAUUUCUGUGAGAAUAACCAUAAGUUUUCAUCUAAAUUGUUUUCUUAUAUGAGUCAAUGGUAAACUGAACUUUCGUUUUGAUGAUAUAAACCUGAAGCAGUUCCUUGCAAGAUGUUCUUAUUGAUAGUGCAAAGGGAUCAAUAAUAUGGUUCACAAAACUGAUUUAGUAAUCAUCGGCGUCUCUGUCGGUCUGACUGUUGGCAUACUUAUAGCAACACUCGUAUUAUUUGGCAUAAGAUGGUAUAAAAGACGCUCUCAUCUUCGAAAAUGCUCUGCAUUUGCACCCCCUAUACAUAAAAGUGGUACUAUCUUGAGUGAAUCCUUCUCCAACCCUGUAACUGUUAAACUGUCAACUUAUCCUGUGAAAACUUCACCACUCGCUACACGCAAUAAUGGUAAAGAGAGACUGGCAUCAGUAUCUGGCCUACUGAAAUACUCUUACAGGGACGUCCAAAAAGCCACGAAAAACUUUACAACCAUAUUGGGACAAGGAUCUUUUGGUCCUGUAUACAAAGCAGUGAUGCCUGCUGGUGAAGUUGUUGCUGUGAAAGCUCUAGCUUCUGAUUCCAAACAAGGAGAGAAAGAGUUUCAAACCGAGGUAUCUCUUUUAGGAAGGCUGCAUCAUAGAAAUUUGGUGAAUCUAGCAGGGUAUUGCGUAGAUAAAGGGCAACACAUGUUGAUUUAUGAAUACAUGAAGAAUGGAAGCUUGGCAAACUUUCUAUAUGAUGAAAAGGACACCUUGAAUUGGGGAGAGAGGCUUCAAAUUGCUGUUGACAUAUCACAUGGGAUAGAGUAUCUUCAUGAUGGGGCAGUUCCACCAGUCAUACAUCGGGAUUUGAAAUCGGCUAAUAUAUUACUAGACCACUUAAUGAGAGCAAAGGUUGCUGAUUUUGGUCUGUCGAAAGAAGAGGUUUGGGAUGGUCGUAAUUCAGGCGUUAAAGGCACUUAUGGCUACAUUGAUCCUGUAUAUAUAUCUACAAACAAAUUCACAACAAAGAGCGACAUCUACAGUUUCGGGAUUAUCCUCUUUGAACUCAUUACAGCCAUUCACCCGCGUCAAAAUCUCACGGAAUAUGUCAAUCUAGCAGCCAUGAGUUCAGACGGUGCAGAUGAAAUCCUCGACAAGAAACUUGCCGGAGAUUGCGAUCUUGAAGAAGUGAGAAGCUUGGCUAGCAUCGCUCACAGAUGUUUGCAUAAAUCACCCAGAAAACGGCCAACAAUUGGAGAGGUUUCACAGGCUAUAACAAAGCUAAAUCAGAAGCAUCUGAUGAAGGCCGACAGUCGCACCACCAUGUCUUUUGGCAGCGAAGAGUUCUCAGGGGUUGUCAGUUGCAUAGAAGUGCAGCAGAAUCAGUUAAAAAGAAUGAUCAGCAUCAAUGAAGGCUGAGGAACAAGAAAUGGAAGAAAAAUUUGAAGUCUUUCUAGUGUUCUUUUAGUUCAUUUUCUGAUGUAUUUGAUUGACCUGUUGGAUUGGCUUUUAUGGAAGCACAUUAUGACAUUAGAUACAGAAUGAAUCAAUGACUAUGAGCCUUUGUUUUCAAUCAGA